UGUCCUUGGCCACCAGGCCCUCAUAAAGCAGGCUAAGGGGCAGAAGCUCGUGCCUCGGGAGGGACCUGGCCAGGUGCCAGGCGUUGGCCCGGGCCAAAAUGCCAUCUCUGCUGGAGGACAUCGAGAAGGCGCCCCCACGAGACCCAAAGACCCGCUACAGGUUCUUCGGGUACCUGGCGGCGUACCUGUCGUCUAUCUAUGGCCACCGGACGGGCGUGCUGACGCGAAUGCGCGUCAAGGAGGUCCGGGCGGCCAUAGGUGGCGACGACACGGGUUACCUCAUCAAUGUCAUGGAGCACAAAACGGUGCGUAAGUUCGGCACCGCCCAGAUCUACCUGGAGGCCGAGGAGUAUGGGUGGUGCCGGACCUGGCUCCGCCUCCGCGCCAGGGCAGUGCCCACAAAUUGCUUUUUUUUUUCUUCCCUCGGCCGAGGGGAGGCAAAAGACAUGGCCAGAUACUUUCGAGGAGCCUGGUCCGAGAUGGGGUUGAAGGGUUCCCCGUCCAUCAUGGACAUUCGGACCGCUGUGUCCACUUUUAAUUUUGAGACCAAUGACAUGGAGGUGCGGCAAAAUCUGUCCACCUUUAUGUGUCACAGCGCGGACACACAAGACCGGUUCUACGCCCUUCACAAGAACCUUAAAAGGGCGAAGAAAAUGAGGGAGCUUUUUGUGUGUCUUGCCAUAAAAGACCAAGACCAGGCUCCUGCUGCUGCUGCUGCUGCCGGGGCUGCUGCUGCCACUGAGCAGCCCAGGGAGGAAAGCAAAGGAACACCGAGGAAGAUGCUCGCCGCCCUCUCUCUGAUGGCCAAGAACGUGAAGAGGAAGGUCGGCCUGUCCCCCAGCAAGCCGAAGCGUAGACCCGUGGUGCUCCUUAAAAAACUUUAAUUUGUGUGUUCAUUUGUGUGUGUUUCUAUGUAA